GUAGAUUUCCAGACGGAUUUAAAAGGACGAACGAUAGUUGACGAAUCUUUGUUCGGUUUUACUAACUGCUGACUGACGGCUGAGAGAUUGGUUUCAGGAAUUUUCUAGCACCCUCACUUCUGGACUCGGCUCAGGUAUAAAUACCCCCCCGCCGUCGUCAAUGAGACUCCUUUUGCCUCUUCUAAUUUGCAUCAUUGCGAUCCUCACUUAUCACCACCAGACAUCUAGCGAGGUUUAUCGGAGCAUAGUUGCUUACUGCCAACGAGUCCCAACGCUUUUGGCGCAGACGUUGAAGAAGGAGAACACGGAGAGCACAGAGAAGGCAUUCUUUCCUACUACAGACACCCCCGUCGUCCCCGCACUCACUGAAAUGGCCGUACCUCGGACGAUUCGUCAGGCAUUCCUCGCCAUCGAGCAGGCAGAGGGAGCAGGCGCACGCGUGCGACGCUCUAUUGGAACGGCGAAGCUGCGCAAUUUCAGCCCCUUCCUCAUGCUCGACCACUUCACGAUUGGCAAGGGCGCCGGGUUCCCUGACCACCCGCACCGCGGCCAGGAGACCAUCACGUACCUGCUGUCUGGCGGGGUGGACCAUGAAGACUUUGCAGGCAACAAGGGCACCAUCGGGCCGGGCGACCUGCAGUUCAUGACGGCGGGGAAGGGCAUCAUGCACGCCGAGAUGCCACGCGAGAACGCGGACGGCAGCCCCAACGUCGGCAUGCAGCUGUGGGUGGACCUGCCCAAGGAGCUGAAGAUGUGCGAGCCACGCUACCGUGAUCUGCGGGCGUCGGAGAUCCCCAUCGCCACCGUGGACGACGGCCGUGUUACCGUCAAGGUCAUCUCGGGCCAGUCGCACGGGGUUGAUUCGGUCCGCGACCUGGCGUACACCCCCGUCUGGCUACUGGACGUCACCAUCCGGCCGGGUGGUCGGAUCUCCCAGACGCUGCCCAAGGGGUGGAACGCCUUCGCCUACACCCUCUCCGGCACCACGGUCUUCGGCUCCAACGAUUCCACCAAGCUGGUCAAGGAAUUCCACAACGUCGUCUUUGACCAAGAGGGUGACUAUAUCGAGGCCUCGGUCCCGGAAAACGCAGAGUCGGACGGCCAAUUCAUCCUGGUGGCCGGCCAGCCGCUCGACCAGAAGGUUGUUCAGUACGGUCCCUUCGUCUUGACCAGCCAGGACGAGGUGUACCAGGCCAUGCUCGACUACCAGACCGCGUCGAACGGAUUUGAAAGAGUGCGCGGCUGGCAGAGCGAGAUUGGCAAGCGGAUGGCCUACUAGCUACAAGCUGCUGGUACGAGCUACUAGAUGAUUAAAACGUUUUGUUGCUGUUUAUUUAAUAAAUGUAUGAUACCUUACUGCGUUUAUAAGUAUAUCGAUGGAGUUGAAUGUCUAAGCACGUUAAAUUACUAUUGAAC